CUGUCAAGACUCAAUCAAAACCCAUGGACGCCAGAGAGCAAAACCGGCAUCAACUCUUUCAAGCACCAAACCAAACAUUUUCUAACGCUGUACGGGAAAACCCACGGCUUGCUGACAUCCCACGAGAUUUUAGACAAGGUGCUCUAUUGGAACUGCGAGUGGUUAACACGGCCGAAUUAUGCCAUUAGCGAGCUCGCAGAUACUCUGUAUGCCAACCUUGCAACACUCGCCGAAUAUAAAGACAAGGUGUUCACAAGGCACGCCGUGGACCCUUUGCUGAACAAAGCUCGACCCAUCAGGACAGUCCUGCAAAGAUUCAACAAAAAAGAUUCUGCGACUGCCGAAGAACCGGAUGAACGCGAUCUGGCCGAUUUCAUGAAAUUUAUUGAGGACAACACGCUGAAGAGUCUCUGCAAACACCUAUUCGCGGCAUCCGGCGCAAUGUUCUCCAUAGCCACGCACAUCAUGACUCUAGAAACACUAUUCAGCCAACCGGCUGAAUACGUGAAGAGACACCGCGAAUCGCCGGAAGUCCAAUCUUUCAAACAGAAUCCAUCACGGGAGUCGAUGGUUGCAUAUAUAGCCUCUCAGACACUAAUUCACACUGAGAUAGUGCCGGAAGAAGAACAGGGCGGCAGCAUUUGGGACACUCUCACCCAAAGAAGUUCUACGCAACAAACGCGCCCAACUGCUACCUUUUGGGAUGCUGUACAAGAAACCGUUGAUGAUGACGAAGCC